CUUCUUGGAUGGUACCAGUAACAAUGUGAAACAACAUGAUGUUCCUCUCUGUCUUGUUACUAUUGGCUGUGGUUUUCCAUCUCUGCAUUUGUGUUACAAUAGAAACAGUUAAAGUCAAAACUUCAUCAGAAUCAUGCUCUCAGACGAUCAACAUGAAGUUUGGAAUUGCUUACACCCCUUUGAUUCAAGCAAGCAAUUGCGAAAAAUGUAGAACAGCAGUUGACUGCCCUUUGAUGCUGCCAAAGGAGUGCAAGCUGUCCUUCACCAUUGCUGAUGAAAUCGAAAAAGUGCUUUCUAAAAUCUGUUUUCAGUCAGGGGCUUUUGAAGUUGAUGAUUGCUUCACAACGGUAACCUUCCAAGAAAAGACACCUAGAAGCACCAAUGAUUUAGAGACAAUAGCUUGUCACAAUGACAAGUAUGUCUAUGGAUCUUCAAGAGAUAUUUGUUUGGAAAAGGGACAAAGCCUUGACAUGGUGUUCUCAGGUUCCAACCUGUGUUCUGUUAAGGGAUAUGGUAGGGUGGAGUUGUCAAGAUCGUUGUAUGAUCAAGAUGAUUUGAGUGACCCCAAUAGCUGUCGUUCAGUCAGGAUGUAUAAAAAUAGGGACAGUGGGACAGUAUAUUCACGCCAUAAGGAAACGGCUCCUGCUGUUAUCAAAUUUUGCAAAGUCAUAUUGUCACCCUUCAACCGAGGCCAUCCACAGGACUUUUGUUAUAGAUUUCAUUAUGCAAAGUUUCUACCUGGUGGUGCACAACUUCUUAUUGCAUACAGGACAUAUGGGUACAAAACCCGACCAACGAUUGACUCAGAAUACUGCAUGUCCAUGCUUGAGGAAACUGGCAUCAAAGUGGAAAUAAAGACAUUCUGUUAUUAUUUAAAUCCUGACAAAUGUGUUGCAAGUGCUCAGCAUGAGUUUGUGUUCACAUAUCGAUUCAAAGAGAGACAAGAACCUGACUUUACCCCAGAAGUUGAGGAAGGAUAUGAAGAUAACUCCUCGAAAAUUGUUGUCAUUAUAGUGUGUGUAGUCGUCGUAUUCAUUCUUAUUUGCUGUUGCAUUUGUUGUUGCUAUAUCAGAAAGAACUCAUCGAAUUCUGAAAAUGGCACAGCAGCUGCUGCAGAGCCACUGAAUGUAGGUAGCCCUGAUGGUGGGAAUAGCUUGCCAGUCUUUGUCCACCCAAGUCAAAGCAUCAGCACAAACAGUCACGGCCGGGCUAUCUACCAGACUUCCGAUCUCUCUUCCCCACAACGACCAACAGCUCCACGAUGGUCAGCAACCCAUGGUCCGUCAUCUCCCAAUGAAUUUUCCCCAACUUCACCUGUGCCUGACAGAUGCCCUUCCGCUCCUCCUUUAGAAGAGAGUGAGCCGUUUGUAGAUCAUAGAGGCCCUACUGUGCAGGCUGACAACUUAGAGAUGCCGCCUCCUGCAUAUGACUCUUUGUUCCCUGAUAAUGUGUGACAUUUCAAGAAGUCUGUCUGUUUCUGAAGAUUGCCCAGUGAAGCAAACCUGAAGGUGAAAGUUAUGUAGGAGACUAGCUUACCUACAGAAGAAAGCUGUGAACCGUUUUUAGACUACACUGUGCUGGCUGACAGCUUGGAGAUACCUCCUCCUGCAUAUGACUCUUUGUUCCCUGAUAAUGUGUGACAUUUCUGCCUCUUGCUGAAGAUUGCCAACUGAACCAGACCUGAGGGUGGAAGUUAUGGCUGGCCUGAUUGUAAUGUUCCAGCUGUCACAUCCCUCAGUGUAUACAUGCGAGUAAGAUAAACUGAAGCCCUCCAUUGGGAAUUUACUUAACUUGGUCCACAUAAUAUGUCAUAUAAUAUUAUAUAUCUCUGGGACCUUCCUUCACUGCUUGGGCAACAUUGAGCUCAUAGUGGCUUCAUGUAUGGAAGAUGCUUUUGACUUAACUGUAGAGGGUUGGGGGGUUACAAUGCAUUUUUAUGAACAUUGUUGUACCCACAAUGGCAAACAACAACAAGAAAUCAAAGCUGAAGACUAUAGUAAUAGGGGUCUGCUGUUCACAAAGUAAAGAAAGUUUCAUAGUCUUUCUUUCAGUUAUGCGCCAUGUUUUCCUUUGUAUAUUAUAUAAGUGCCAUUAGAGAUCUCAUAAAUUUCCUAGGUGCUUUCAA